AUGAAUUUCACCACUGUCAACCGCACAAUAAUUAGUUGUGGUGUCGCAUUUCUUCCUAUACAUCCCGAAAAUAUUUCUCUUGAUGUUCGCGUUGUAUUCAUUAUCAGAAUCAUCGUUCACCUUCUCAUAUGCCCUCUCAUCAUUUUGCUCAACAUCCUGGUGAUGGUUGCAGUGAAAACCAAACGACAGCUUCGCACCAAAUCUAACACAGCACUCUCCUGUUUAGCCACAACUGACCUCGUGGUGGGACUACUUGUCCAGCCUUUACAUAUCAUACUCUCAAGUUUUCUUCUCAUUGGUCAAGGAAACAUAUUCUGCAAUCUAAGCAAAGUAUCAAUAACUGUUACCUCCAAGUGUUUGAUGGCAUCGUUUACUCAUUUAAUUUUGAUGAGUGCAGAGCGUUAUGUCGCGGUGAGACACCCCUUCGUGUAUGAGAACUUGGUAACUGAAGCUCGUAUUAUCAUAGCCUCUGGUCUGGCGUGGGUUAUAGCGCUAUUGCUUCCCAUGGAAGAAACCCCCAAAACUAAACCAGACUUUGUGAAAAUCGUUGUAGUUUUUGUAGUUGUACCAGUUUUGCUUUAUUUUCCCGCAAUGAUUUAUUUCAAUUGUGUUGUUUACAGGGAAGUACGCCGCAGCGAAAAACAAAUUGCUGCUAACCAAGUCUCUUUAGAAGCGAAGGAAAAGAUACUUAAAAAUAAGAAAGCUUUUUACACAACAAUUGUUGUUCUACUCGCCUCUUUUUUUUGCUAUUUUCCAAUAAUUAUCUUUUACGCUAUUUUCGCUUUCACUACCGAGAGAAAGAGUACUGUUGGAGGAGAAUCUGCUAUUUAUCUUCUUCCUUUGAUACCAGUGCUGAAUUCUUUGUUUAAUCCGUUGAUUUAUGCUGUUAGAAUAAAGUAUUUUCGCGUAGCUUUCAUUCAAUUAUUGUCGAGAAAAAGUAUUGCACAAGCGGAGGAAGUUGAAAUGAAAAUCUUUGGACCAAGAAAGAUUGGAAUCAUAGCUAAUGUCGAACAAGGAGAAGAUAUUAGAGCUAGCGCUAGCCGAGAAGAACAACAAGGAAAUGAGACAUUGAACAAUGAACACGACACUACACUGCGAACACAGCCGCAGGUGGAAUUGGAAGAAACAGCUCUGUAG